AUGAAUAAUGAACGCAGAAGCACGGUGUAUAAGGGAAGAGGGUUCAUCCUUAAGACAGCCAACAAAGAGUACAUAGAAAGCAGCAACAGAAAGAAGACAAAGAGUACCCUCCAUGAUAGGAGAAAAAAUAUUUUUAAUAAGUACAACCCAGUGGUAUUACCCCUAUUAGGAAACUACAAAAGUAGGAAGGGUGAGCAGUCAGCGAAAAAUGACAUCAACCUGCUGAAUGAGAGCGAAAUAAAUAGCUUCCUUCUGAGGAACAAAGCUUUUCGCCUUACCUGGUCAUGCAUUAUCGAUAAAAUACAAAAAGAAAUAGACGUUCAGAUUUCCAAAAAUUUGAGCAACGUGUUUGAGGAAAUAUAUUCCUACUCAGUUUCAAACCAUGAGUAUUUGCCGCUCAUUUUGAUGACGGCGGGGACGAAUGUAGCGGAUCAUGAGAUAAUCAUAGAUGCGCUGUCGUAUGAGUUGAAGAAAUGGAAUUACAACAAGGGGGGUAGACGGGGGGGAGCAGACACUCACAGAGGAACCCUAAACGGGGAAAGCGUCCAUUCUCCCGUCAUCGCCACGUCAGCCGUUCCCCACGCUGGGUUGAAUAUUUUGAAGUCUCUCAAAAAAGUAGACGCAUCAUGGGGCGAAUCGGAUAUGAGUAGCGGAGGGGAAAAAACACCCCCAUCGGAGGGGGAGCAUGAAGAACAAAUGAAAGGGGAUCACUCAUGGGUGAGUAGAAAUAAGGAGGUGGAAGAAGGACAAAGUAGGGAAAAGAAAAGACGUCUAAAUGGAAGCUUUGACGAGGUCACUCUGAACCAGUUAGAAUCGCAUGAUGAGAAUGACGUGUAUUUGUGUUCUCUCAAUUCAAGCACUUCAAAUAAUGUGAAUGCAGCUAUUUACAAUAUAUACAGUCAGCUGUAUAGGGAGUACAAGACGAGGGCGUUUUUGGCAAAGUACAGAAAGAAGAGGGGAUCCAAUGGAGGGGAAAAUUACCCUGGUGAAGUGAGGGUGAGUCCAAGAAGGAUGAACAGUAACGAUGCGGGGGUUAAUUCAUCAAGUGGAAAGAAGAGGGAUAUUUCAUCCUGUCCAUUUAUUCCCAACGGGGAAGGGCAUUCCACUUAUCACAAAGUGAGUAAAAACAUGGUGAGCAUAGACAAGCUGAUCGAAUUGUAUAAACAGAUGAGUGAAAUAGAUAAGAAAAGGGAAGUUUCAAAGAACGGUGAGAAGAAUACUGCACGGUCGAUAGGGAUGUGUGAUAUAUACAGCCAAAUGGGGGAAGAAAGCGAUGAUUUUUUCCCAGCAGAUGCAGAGAUUUCCUUGUAUAGUGAGCAGAAUGGCUACUUCGAAGAUGGAAGAAAAAAAGUUCGAGUGAUCAUUCUCAUCCACGACUGCGAAUAUUUUAACAUAAAUGUCCUGAAUGGUAUUUUAAAUGUGCUAAUAAAUUUACGCAUAGAAAGCAGGUUGUGCCUUAGUGUGAUCCUAGGGGUGUCCACUCCCUCCUUCUUCUUCAGCAGAAUCACAACUCCAGACACGCAGAGUAAGCUGCGUAUUAAGACCAUCGAUAUUUUGAAUAAUAGGAUCAUUUGUGAGAGGGUGUGUGAUGACCUUUUGUUUGGUGAUACUUUACCUUUUAUUGUAAACUUUCGGACAAUGCAUGCGAUAAAGCUUCUACUGCAUAAGAACAACCAGUCUAUUAGCCACUUGGUGCACAUUCUAUACAUCCUGACGAAGGAGUUUUAUGACAACAAUUUGUUUUCCUUCUUGUCCCUCCCGAUGGGGUACUACUUGGGUGAUCAUCUCUGUGGUGACAUCGGUAGUAAUCUCCAGGGCAGCUUCAGCGGGGAUGAUCCCCCCACGGAGUACUCCCCCUAUACCUUCGUCCGAUCGAAUCAGAAGUCAUUUAGCGAUUACGCCAAAUUUGACAUGAGGGCCCUCCACAGGAAGAUCAUCUGCCUCUGUUACUCGGCCAAUAUUUACUACGCCCACUUGUCCUUCCUGAGGAGGAAGUACUCUUCCAUCCUGGUGCAGAAUUAUUUCACCCUGCAUGGGAAGGAUUCUAUAGUGCACACCCCGACCAAUUCGGACGCAGAGAUGGAUAAUUUCACGCUGAAGAGGAAGGCCAACCGGGGCAGCGUUUCCAAUACUAAUCAUAGUGGGAAAACUGUGAAGGCUGACGUUUCUGUGGGGUACACCCAAUCGGGGGGUGACCAAACUGUCCCCGUCGGACGGAAGGACCCCUCAAAUACGCAUCAACAUGGAUAUGAGGAGCAAACCAAGUGGGAAAAUGACAACACUUUCGACGCAUCACAAUUUUCCUGCGCGGAGGGAAGUGAUCCUUCUGCUCCCCCGAUGGGGAAAAAGAAAAAAAAAAAUGCUCGACAGAAGCAUCCUCGCGUGGCAGUUCAAGGCGAACACAAUAAACUGGUGGAUUUGGUUUACUCUUACAAAAAUGAAAAGUUAGGAAGCAGUUUGAAGAGCGAAAUAGACGCCUUGUUGGACAGUACAGAGGAGAAGAAUAUUAGCAAUCUUUACGACGUGGAGAGCGUGCAGGAGGUUAACAAGUACCUGUGUGAGGUGGCCUUACCUAGAGCCAUCCUUCAGCUGAUAGAGAGGAAAUACGCCUUCAACAUAGCCGUCAAUCUGAUAGACACCAUUAUUAGAUGCAAAAAUGAAUAUAGUAAUUCGAUCAAACGGGUAGAUUAUUUUAGGAGACUUUUUCUUAACUUUGAAAAGACAAAGUGGAAAGAUAAUAAGAGCAUUCUCUACAUAGAGGAAAUAUAUAAGGUGGUAGAAAAUGACAUAAAAAAGUGCAUAAGCUUCCUAAUCGAUAUUGUUACUCCUUACUGUUUCAAGAACCAGGAGGUGCUUCUAGGCAUGCUAAAAGAAUUUAAGAAUUACUACACGGGGGUAUAUGCCCUUGUGUACAACUUGGAGGACUACUUAUUCCUGCUGAAGGAGAAAGAGAAAGAAAAAGAGAAGGACCUCUUCACCAAUGAUGACUUCGCGAAAUGCUCCUCCAGCCGGUACUCCUUUUCCUUUUCUGUGUACUACUCGCUUUUAUUUAAGCUGGACGAUCUGAUAGAAAUGCUGCGAACGUUCUUAACUCAGCAGCGCAUUAACAGUAAUGGAGGUAACACUACUGGUGCAGGCCGUGGGGAUGACGUGGACAGGGAAACGUACUCCCCCUUGGUGGGCCACCGGCAGAAAGGCGCGUCUGAGAAGAAAAAGGCGUAUAAGAGGUAUCUGACCAUCCAGAACAGCAGCUUGAAGGGAAGAUUGAAGGAUGACACAGAGAGAAGAGUGAAUGUAGAAGACAUCUCCAACUCGAUAAACCUCUUCUUGCAUGAAUACCUGAAUAUGCUUCUCCUACCUCCUCUGUUUUGUCACCCUUUGGCAUACGAAAUGGUGAUGCACAAACCGGAUAAGGAGUUCACCGAUCUCAUGACUAGGGAUAUAAAGACGGAGCUUCUACAAACCCUAUGCUACACGAAUCCGUACAAGACGGGGAGCCUCAUCUGUUCGUGUUGCUCCUUCCCGGAGAAUACCACCAACGCUGAUAUGAGCACUAACAUAGUGGGUGACGGUAAGGUCUACCUUAACCCCUACUACGACAACGUCUCUACGUUGGAAGAUCUGAUAAACGUGUAUAGGAUUUACGAGCGCUGCAACAAGACGGUCGAUCUGUAUAACCUGUUCAUACUCUUCGUGAACGUCAAGGUGGACGGUACCGCUGAUGGUGUUGCCCCCUCCGUGGUGCCAUCAUCGGAGGCACCUCUCUGCACGCAGAUUCUGCAGGAGUACUACCUCAAGUUCAUCAUCGCCGUGAACACCUUCUGUUCGUUUCUUAAAAUUUUGAAGCCCCCCAACGUGUCUGCCCUGCUGAACUACACAGAAAAGUGUGACAACAUUUCGGAUGAUGAGGCAGACGAGGAGGGUUCGCUCAAUCGGGGCGACCACCACAACGGAGAUGAAUCUAUCGGAAAGUAUAUCUCCGAUAUUAGGAAGUCCCUACAGGGGUGCACCAGCAAGAAGUUGCUAUUCGGGAAGUUGUACUACAACCAGACUAUCGUGUCACGCGAGAUGCACUUGCAGAGGCUGCUCAUGCAGAACAAUACGGACUUCCGCAGCGAGGUGCAGUGUGGGAACGAGCCCUCCGGCAAGCGCGUGCGGUUCUAA